AUGAUCUGCCCGCGCUGCCUCCUGCGCGCCGGCACGCGUGGCCUCCGCUCCUCCUCCUCCACCACCACCACCACCUCUGCCGUCCGCACCUUCACCACCACGCGCACCGCGUCCGCCAAGGCUCCCUCCACCGACGCCGCGCGCUCCGCCUCCCCCGCGCCGCCAGCGACAUCGACCUCAGCCGCGCAGCCGUUCAGCACUCCGCUGACGCCCUCGCCCGCGGGCGCCGUCCCCAACAAGCCCGCAUCCACUCCUGCUGUCCUCGUGCAGAGCUCCGUCCCCGCCGGCACGCCGCUCCGGGGGUUGAACUUCUUCAAGAACAAGACGGACCCGGUCGCCAUGGAGGACGCCGAGUACCCGCCCUGGCUGUGGACGGUGCUGGGUGACGAGGGUGCCAGCAAAGAGGAGACGGACGAGGGCGACUUGUUCUCGAAAUCCAAGAAGCAGCGCCGUCUAGCCGCCAAGCGUUUGCGCAAGCAGGCCAUGCUCAACCCGGAGCUGCUCGCGCCCAAGAUCCCCGUCUACGAGCAAACCAUCGACCUCCCCGCCGGCGACGGCAGCGCCCAGGGCAGCCUGGCCGCGGACAGGGCGCGCGAAGACCUCACCAAGGCCAUGCGUACGCAUCGGAGAAAGCAGAUCAAGGAGGCCAACUUCCUCAAGGCUAUGGGCUAA